AUGAUACACAAAGUGUUUAUUGGUGUGGUGGACAAUGAAGGACAAUGCAGUCGCAUAGAGACGACCUUGUCGUUCCUUGGGGAGAACUCCAACAUAGCAGCUCUCAGCCAAGAGCACCUACAGGUGGCCCGGCCACCAGAAACUCGCCAGCGUGCUCCCCUCCUGGGUCUGGCUCAAGGAGUGGGCCCUGGUUUACCCAUGCCUGGCAUGAACACCUCCUGUAGGUCGAUGUCUGUUACUCCCCAGGCUAUGCUAAUCGAAACACUGCUGUGCUGCAUCACUCUGCUCACGGUGCUGCUCAACUUAUUGGUCAUCAUCUCCAUCUCCCACUUCAGACAACUCCACACUCCCACCAAUGUCAUCCUCCUCUCCCUGGCUGUGUCUGACUUGAUUGUGGGUCUUGAAAUGAUGCCAACCUCAAUUCGCGAAUGGCAGUCCUGUUGGUUUAUGGGUAAAAUCACAUGUGUUUUUAUAUACCUGAUAGGCUUCACCAUCAACUCUGCCUCUGUUGGGAACAUGGUUCUCAUAUCAGUUGACCGUUAUGUGGCUAUUUGUGACCCUCUGCGCUAUUCUUCCAUGGUAACACUAAGCAGAGUUAAAGUUGGUGUGUCUCUGUGUUGGUUCUGUUCUGUUGUUUACAACGUCAUAUUACUGAAAGAUUUCUUUUCACAAAUAGAUUUUUCUAUUUCCUGCCUUCAACAGUGUGUUGUUUUUAUAAGCUAUAUUUCAGGGGCAGUAGACAUGGUUCUGACUUUUUUCUGCCCUGUUACUGUGAUCAUAGUUCUCUAUACGAGAGUGUUUGUGGUGGCUGUGUCACAGGCACGUGUCAUGCGGUCUCAAAUUUCAACUGUCAAAUCAAAUACUGUGACUGUUAAGAAAUCUGAGAUGAGAGCUGCUCGAACUCUUGGUAUUACCCUUUUUGUGUUUGUACUUUGUCUCUGUCCAUAUUACAUUCCCUCUUUAGCAGGACAGGACAUAAUAGGUGGUGGUGCAUCAGUUCAAAAUUGGUUGUUUUAUUGUAACUCCACUUUUAAUCCUCUGAUCUAUGCCUUUUUCUACCCCUGGUUUAGAAAAGCAGUUAAAGUUAUUGUCAGCCUUCAGAUACUGCAGCCAGGUUCCUGCAAUGCCAAGAUCAUGUAGAGAUGAGAAAUAUAUUGUAUAUAUAAAAUGACUUAUUUUUAUAAAGGUGAAAACAUAAAGCAUCCAAAGACCUAAGUGACUCAGUACAAAACAGAAGAUAAUCAUGUAUUUUUGUGUGAGUCUUAUAAUUCUUAUCUUUGGGCAUUAGUAUUACUGUUUUACUCUAAUGCGUCAGGGGUAUACAUUCUUUGCUGACUUUAUGUCCAUAAUUAAUACUGGGGCUUUUUUUUGUAUAUUCGAUGUAUUUUUUAUUUUAUUUAUUUAUUUAUAUUUUGCUUGAUGUAUAAUUUUUUACCUUAACUUUUACGUAUAGUAGUCUCAUUGCUAUCCAUUUUGUAUCUGGAUUUAUAACAUCAACUACGGCUACAACAAAGACCCUGUGUUCAAUUUAAAGCAGAAAAAAAACAUUUAGGUGCCACAUUUUCACACACAGGAAGAAUUAGAGACAUUCUAUGUUCUAUAACAGCUUUAUUGUUCCCCAAAAAAGGGCUGCUGUAGGCCAUAUCUUUGAUUUAUUAUAAAAGUGUUUUCAAUAUCACUAAAAUUAAGCUACAUGGAAUUCAACAUUUGACAUGUUACAUGCUUGUAUUUAUAGUCACACUGGUGUACCCAAUAAUUCUGAGUAUUUAAUUCAUUAAUUAGUCAAAAAAGGGAAAAUAAGGCUUAACUACUUUGAUCAUUGAUUAUUCGGUUGAGUAUUUUUUAAAGUAACAAUGCU